AAGUACACCAUCUCAAUAACAACACAACAUUGAACGCUUCCCUAACACAUUCUUUGCUUGCGGGAGGAUAGUUAGUGUUAUGCCCACGAGGUCGUCAUAAUGCUUCUCCUCGACUAUCAAAAUGUGCUCAUUCAAUCGCUUCUCACAGAGCGCUUCUCAGGUGCUGCACCUGUCUCAAUAGACCAGGUCGUCUCCGAUUUCGAUGGCGUCACAUUCCACGUUUCCACACCAGAGUCAAAGACCAAAAUCUUAAUCUCAAUUGCCCUCAAGUGCUUCCGCGAGUUGGUUCAGUAUGGUGCCCAGGAAGUUCUCGAGCGCGAGUAUGGCCCAUAUAUCGUCAACCCCGAGCCUGGAUACGAUUUCUCAGUUCAGGUCGAUCUGGAAAAUUUACCUGCAGAUGCGGAAGGAAAGGAAGAAUUGAUUGGACGUUUAUCUCUGCUCAAGCGCAAUGUUAUGGCUGCCCCGUUCGAACGUGCCUUUGACGAGUUUGCUAGAUUGUCCGAGGAAGCAUCCAAAUAUACUUCAGAGUCAGCUCCUCAGGGUGUCAAGGAAGGUGGUGAAGUGAUGGCAAUUCACUAUCGUGAAGAGGAGGCUAUUUAUAUCAAGUCCAGCCACGACCGAGUCACGGUUAUUUUUAGCACAAUCUUCCGCGAAGAGACGGACCGUAUAUUUGGAAAGGUCUUCUUGCAGGAAUUCGUCGAUGCUCGAAGACGAGUGCAAUCACUGCAAAAUGCACCUCAAGUGCUGUUUCGGAACGACCCCCCUCUCGAAUUACAAGGAAUUCCAGGCUUGAAAACUUCAGGUGAUGACAAAUACAGUUAUAUCACUUUUGUCCUCUUUCCUCGACACUUGACACCACAACGCCGCUAUGAUAGUAUCUCCCAUAUUCAGACCUUCCGUGACUACUUCCAUUACCAUAUCAAGGCAUCUAAAGCCUACAUCCACACUCGUAUGCGAAAGCGAACCGCUGAUUUCCUCCAAGUCCUCAACCGUGCAAGACCCGAGAACGAAGAACGCGAGCGAAAGACAGCCAGUGGGAGAACCUUCCGUGUUCAAGGUUAAAUUUCGUGUAUUAAUACGAUUAACGCUGGGCCGGUUUGAUAGAGUCAAAGUGUGGGCGUUGGCGCUCGGUGAUUCGAUAUUAUCAAGCGAUAUAUCCCCGUGUUUACUAUAGGGCUUUAUUCUCGAGAAAACAAAAAUCCUUGUUCGAAGGAGCGUACGCCUGAUUAUUGAGAAAUCCAUGCAAGCGCCAGCGAAUACUAGUUUCUUCCUUUUCCCUUUGGAGUAUAUAUUAUAGCUGUCUCUCUCAUGAUAAACAAUUCAAAGCCAAUUGACCCAGAUCGAUUGAUAUCAUGCAACCAUAUCUGGCAAAUAAAAUGCGGGCGAGACGCAUGUCAU